GUCUAAAAUAUCGCGAGAGGUCCUUUCCCUUCUCGCUGCAGAAGGUCAGCUGAUCAUUUACAUCAGUGCGCGACCAGCAGCCUGUCACUCUCAACCCAGCACGCAACGCAAUUCAUCGACGCUGUAAUAUUGAGCAACCCACACUCCCAAAGAUGGCUGACACAAACCAACAGAGUCCUCCGCAGUUAGGGCCUGUGCAAUUUUUAAAAAGCAACAAGCUGGAAACUGCAAUGUGGCUUUCACGACUCUUCACUGUCUACUGCUCCGUAAUGUUUAUUCUACCGAUUCUGGGACCCUAUGCAGCAGCUAACUUCUAUCAGCGAGCCUUGUUAGCGAACGCCCUCACCAGUGCCCUUCGGUUGCAUCAACGGCUUCCGCGUUUUCAGCUGAGCAGAGCUUUCCUGGCCCAGGCUCUCCAGGAAGACAGCUGCCAUUACCUGCUGUACUCACUCAUCCUGGUCAACUCCUACCCCAUCACAAUGAGCAUCUUCCCAGUCUUCCUUUUCUCCCUGCUUCAUGCAACUACCUACACAAAGAAAGUCCUUGAUUCUGUGGGCCCCAGCAGCCUGAUGUUUAUUAGAAACCUCCUGGACAAGCUUACAGCCAAUCAGCAGAACAUCCUGAAGUUCAUCGCCUGCAACGAGAUCUUCCUUAUGCCAGCCACUGUUUUCAUGCUCUUCAGUGGCCAGGGGAGCUUGCUGCUGCCAUUCAUUUACUAUCGAUUCCUCACUCUGCGCUACACAUCCAGAAGAAACCCAUACUGCCGCACCUUGUUCACAGAGCUGCGGAUUCUUCUGGAGCACUUCAUCAUGAAGCCUGCCUGCCCCGUCUUCUUCAGGAGGAUGUGCCUCAGCAGUAUUGCCUUCAUUAGCCGCCUCGCCCCCACGGGGGUCUGAGCGUGGUACAUAAAGUUUUUUGUUUUCUUUAUGUUUUGUCCUCCCACCAUUUAGGAUGUGACUUAAACUUUGAUGGGGACAGACAUUGCCAUCAACGGAAGGAACUGUUUUUUGAAUGUCAACUUUACAGUCUGUGCUCCAACUUCUCUGUAUAUUUGGGUACAGUUGAAGAUCAGCCAGUAAUGCACUGAAGUCUCAAGGUGAUAUUUCUUUUCUCAUCUUCUUAAUGUGACCUCAUUCAAGCAGUGGACACCCCUCACUUUGUUGCGUUGACUGAUUGGAGCACAGCAGACAUGUUCUGUGUUCUGUAUCGCCUGUUAUUAUUUUCCUCUUAUUUAUUCAUGAAGAUUUCUUAUUCUAUGAUGAAAUUAACAUUCUGAAUUUAGAACUUAGUAAUAAAAAUAAGCUUAUACAUAAUUAAAAUGUCCUUUUUUAAAUAAUCAUGUUGUACUUGGAUGGAUGGAGCAUGGAGUUUGCCUGCAGUUUCUACCCAGUCCAGUUUCUUUUUUAUGUCCAUCUGAUGCUCUGAUUUGUCUAAAUGCCUAACUUUAACGUAUUCUAUCAAUGCCAUCAACUCACUCGUCUAACAACAUGCACAAUCUCUGUAGGUAUGAUGUCAGAAUGGGUGUUGAAUGGAGAAACAAGAUAUCUGCUGUAUUUUAUAGAAUAUUUUAAGGUAUCAGACAUUUUGCUGUAGGAUUCAGAUUUGAAGUUCAUCACACAGUGCAUGUCAUGUUUCUAUAUGCAUUGCGACCUCAUCUCUCAGUUUAAACUGUUUUGAAUUUGCUCCAGUCAUUUGUUGCUUUGUAAUUUUCUUGCUUAAUGCAUGUUCAGGUUGUUUUUUUUUAUGUCUGCCACGUUCCAAGGGUUGAUUUGCCUCCAGACACACCACAUUUUUAUGACAAGAAUAGAAUGAUCUCUUAAUUAAAUCAAUAAAAUAAUAAAGAACAGCA